GCUACACACCGUGCAUCCAUCUGUCUGGAUAUAGCUGGAGGUUAAUAUCACACACACUGUGAAUGCUGCAGGCCAAAGUCGCAAUGGUUUUGGAUGCCGUAGGAUACUACCACCUGCGACAACUAUUUCGGUGGACUGAGUAACCUUUGCAAAGUUUUCGAACGGCCUAACUUCCUGCUUGAGUUUGAUUCCUCAAAACCCCUCUCGUGCCCCUGCUGCUGAAGGAUGGGAUUCUCUGGGUUCAAAAUGAGCGUGGGCGCCGGCGACUCGGUACCUUCCGUAUUCCACAAGAUGAAUCAACUCUUUUUCCUUCUGACUUCUUAACGUUUCUCUCUGUCUUGCCUGCGAGCCAAUUUCCAACCAUGAGUACCCCGGCAAUAAGAAAGGCAGUGUCGCCAACUCCUGGAUCUUCACCUCCGGCGAGGCCGGCGCCUGCUGGCCCGACAUCUCCCGCCGCCGGAUCGCCGGAGGCUGCUGGCGUAUCAUCGUCGGCCGCACCAGCCAACACAGACGAUGCACUCACUGGUGCGCAUUGGCUUCAACAGGGAAUGCCAGAAGAGGAUGCCCAAGACGCGGACUCCAGCCUGGAUAGCGAUGUCGAAAGCUCAACUGCUUCUAUCUCCUCGACCAUUUUCAACUACCGUAUGAUCAAUGGUCGUACCUAUCACAGUGACGCCGUAACGGACAUAGAAUAUUGGGCGCCCAACGACGAGAAGCAUCUCGACAGCUUGGAGAUUUACUAUCAUGAUAAUAUCGAACGUGUUAUUGACAUCGGUACAGGCGCGGGCUUCUGGGCGAUUGAUUUCGCUGACAAGUAUCCCAACUGUGAGGUGAUUGGCACCGAUAUCUCGCCUGUGCAACCCAGCUGGGUGCCGCCCAAUCUAAACUUCGAGAUUAGUGAUGCCUCGAAAGAGUGGACUUACAAGCCGAACUAUUUCGAUCUUGUUCAUGUUCGAUUUUUUGUGGGCGCAAUCGAGGAUUGGAACGCGUUCUAUAGAGAGGCAUUCAAAGUCUGCAAGCCGGGUGGCUGGAUUGAACAUUACGACCAUUCGCCCGUUGUAACUUCUGACGACGGAAGCGUGGUCCCGGGGUCUGCUAUGGAUACGUAUGGCAAGGUGCUCGCGGAGGCUGCUCGGAGAAUUGGAAGAUCAGCUACCCUUGCCGACGACGAUACCAUGGAGGAAGGAUUGAAGGCGGCUGGGUUUGUUAACAUCCAGACGAAGAGGAUGAAAAUGCCGUUAUCUCCCUGGUCGGAUGACAAGAAGUUAAAGGAGGUCGGGCUGUGUGCUUAUUCUACACUCUCGGCAGAUGUCGAAGGCGUCGUCCAGUACCUGUUCGGUAACGUCAUGGGCUGGACGCCGGAGGAGAUCAGCGUGUUUGCUGCUCAUAUGUGCCGCGAGCUGAAGGACAAGAACAUCCAUGGAUACUACCAUUGGAAGUAUGUAUGGGCGCAGAAACCAGAGGACGCUCAGUAA